GGAAAUCUCCAAUUGAUUUUCAGGUCGGGAAGUCGGAGCUGCAGAAAGAUGACAGAGUAUCCGUCUUGAUAUUCCGAGUUGGAUGACCAUUAAACAAAUGUUUCUCCGAGUUCCCGUUUGUCUUGAACYCACUGAAGUCGGAAGUCAGAGAUUUCCGAGUUCCCAGUUGUUUUGAACGCGGCAUAGGAUGAGCCCAUGGCCAUAUCAAGACGUCAGAACUACAGUGAUAGCCGACGUUGCAGCCAUGGAGGAAGUAAYAGUAUUCCCGCUAUCCUGUGCAGUGCAGAACUAUGCAUGGGGGAAGGUCGGUCUGGACAGUGAGGUGGCCAAACUGGUUGUUGGUGGYGAUACCUCGGCUGUCAUUGAAGCUGACAAACAUUAUGCCGAGCUUUGGAUGGGCGCUCACCCCAAAGGAGACGCCCUCAUCAAGGAUAACCGGAUAGCCCAGAGGACGCUCGGUCAGUGGAUUGCAGACUACCCAGCAUGCUUGGGGUCAAAGGUCAAAGACACCUUCCAUGGCCAGCUUCCCUUCCUCUUCAAGGUCCUGUCGGUCAACACCGCUCUGUCCAUACAGGCCCAUCCGAACAGGGAGUUGGCUGGACGGCUCCAUGCUCAGUUUCCAGAGCAUUAUCCUGACAACAACCACAAGCCUGAGAUGGCUGUCGCACUCACCCAUUUUGAAGGCCUCUGUGGCUUCAGGCCCGUGGAAGAGAUCAUUGGCUUUCUCAAAUCCGUGCCAGAAUUCCACGCUCUUGUAGGGAACGAGGCGGCAGAGGAGCUGGUGAGCAGUAUAGGGGAGGCGGGCCGCACCUCGCUGGCCCUGAAGAAGUGCUUCACCCGCAUGAUGAACUGUGAGAAGAAAGUGUUUGUGGACCAGCUCAACAUGCUGGUGAAAAGAGUCACUGAGGAAGCUGCUGCAGGGAAGGACACAUCGGGCAGUAACAGUGAACUGUUGCUCCGGCUCCACUCCCAGUAUCCGGGUGACAUCGGCUGUUUUUCCAUCUACUUCCUAAACCGCAUGGUGCUGGAGCCAGGCGACGCCAUGUUUCUGGGUGCCAAUGAACCACACGCGUACCUCAAUGGAGACUGCAUCGAGUGCAUGGCCUGCUCGGACAACACGGUGCGCGCCGGCCUGACGCCCAAGUACAUCGACGUCAGCACCCUGUGUGAGAUGCUGGACUACAGCCCCGCUCCAGCCAGCGCCAAGAUCUUCCCCUCCAUACAGGACCCCUCAGACCCCUUUGUCUACCUCUAUGACCCCCCUGUCCCUGACUUCACUGUCAUGAGGAUACAGGUGCCAGCCUCAGUCAGACAGUACACGGUGGCCCCGGUGGACUGUGCGGGCAUCCUGCUGGUGAUUGAGGGCGAGGCCACCGGCACCUCUGCCGCUGCCCUCUCUGACAUCACCCUGAGCCGGGGCACCGUCCUCUUCAUCUCAGCCAAUGAGAGCGUCUCCCUUCACGUCACCUCCCCCUCCGGAAUGACCAUGUACCGGGCCUGCAGUCUCCUGUAGCCCCAGGCCUUCUGAUAAUGUUUUCUACCAACGUCAACCCAACCUGUGGUUCUGUGUCAUUCGUCAUGCCAGGAUGUUCCCUGACAUAAGGCCAGUAGUGAUAGGCUACUAACAGUUUUAACCGUAGUCUAUGUGCAGUUCCAUUCAUUUUUCUCAGACAAUCGCCCUGACAGGUCCAGGAACAUGCACAGCUAGUGUGUACUUGCUGUGGUCCUUCUUAUUCGMCCCAUGUUUCUGUGACAGUUUAUACAGUAUCGAGGCAGUGAUUAUGGAGUUUUCAUUGGUACAGUAUGCCUCAGCUCACAUCUCGCUGUAAGUGUCACAUACUCUGUCAUUGCUGCUGAUUUUAAUUGAGCAUGUUGUAAUUAAUUACCUCAUAAGCAAUCAUUUAUUMUAUUUUUUUCAGUGGGGGAA